GUUCAAAACCAAAUACUUUAUUACCUUAACAAAAAUAUUCCCUUCUAUUAAAGCAAAGAAGUAAUCUGUCAUAUCUACAUUUUCCAUGUUUGUAAGAUUCUCCUUUGAGUCUCCUAAACUUCUAGUACUAUAUAACAAUACUCAUCCCCCCAGGAAUCAGAGACGCACAAAACCCUAAUCUCAGAUCUCGCCACUUCUCUAAAAACCAUGGUGGCCAUCAUGAAAAGUCUCUGUCUUUCUUUCAUCGUCUUGGCGUCUUGUGCGACCCUCUUCUCAGUUGCUGAUGCAAAUAGUUUUAAAGUCGGUGGUGACGGCGCUUGGGUCGUAAAUCCAAGUGGGAGUUACAAUACUUGGGCUGCAAGUCGCCGUUUCCAAGUCAAUGACACACUCUAUUUUAAGUAUGCCAAGGAAUCAGACUCGGUGCUACACGUGACGCAAGCAGAUUACGACGCAUGCAACGUUAAGAAUCCGAUAGAGAAGUUUGAUAGUGGUGAAACCGAGGUUGCUCUUAACCGAUCUGGUCCUUUUUUUUUCAUCAGUGGUAAUCAAGAGCACUGCACCAAGGGACAGAAGUUGAUAGUCUUUGUCCUCGGCAUCAAAAAUCAACCCAAGGUCCCCGUUUCUCCGGCGAAAGCUCCGUCCCCCGCACAGCCACCGAAAGCUCAUUCCCCUGUUUCUCCGGUUGCACCUUCCAAAGCUCCGUCAACAGUUCAGCCGCCUAAAUCCCAUUCCCCUGUUUCUCCAGUUGCACCGGGGAAGGCUCCGUGGACAGCUCCGGCCAAGGCUCCGUGGACAGCUCCGGCCAAGGCUCCGUGGACAGCUCCGACGAAGGCUCCGUGGAAAGCUCCGGCGAAGGCUCCGUGGAAAGCUCCGGCGAAGGCUCCGCGGACAUCUCAGCCACCUAAAGCUCAUUCCCCUGUUUCUCCAGUUGCUCCGUGGACAGGUCAGCCUCCAAAAGCUCAUUCCCCUGUUUCUCCGGCGAAAGCUCCGUGGACAGGUCAGCCUCCAAAAGCUCAUUCCCCUGUUUCUCCAGUUGCACCGGCGAAAGCUCCGUCAGCAUCUCCGUCCAAAGCUCCAGCAACGUCCCCAGCUACACAUACUCCGCCAUCAAAAUCUCCAUCGCCGUCAUCAAACUCUCCGCCGUCGCCAAAGUCUCCAUCCCCUGCUGCCCCAACAAAGCCGUCUGCAUCUCCCCCAGCGAAACCUCCGACGUCCCCACCAGCUACUCCAGCAGAUUCGGCGCCAACUCCUUCUGAAUCUACUCCACCCUCAGAUCACAACAUGGCGCCGGCGCCAAGUCCCAAAAGUGCAGCAACCGUUGUGACCGUUACUUCGGUUAUGUCUACACUGUUCGGUGUGGCUUUUACCGUUUUUAUGUUCGCUUAAGUUUUUAUUUUUAAAAAAUUGUUGUGUGAUUUUACAUGUCUUUGUUCUGUUUGCUGAGUCCUUUUUAUUAUUUGUUCUGAGUGUGUCUUUUUACUUGCAUUAUUGAACUAUUACUGUUGUUAUUAAUAUCGCUGUCUUUGU